GCGCCGGUGGGGCGGGGCGCCUCGCAGCCCUUUUUCUGCUGUGAUUAAAAACUGAAGAUAAAAGAAUGAAAAUGAAAGAUAAAAUAGUGAUACAGAAGUACUAGUUAAAUGUCUUCAAUUGAAUCUUCUUGGCUCUGUGUCUUAUGCUUUUGACAUUUGGCCUGUGGCUUUUACUUGACAGAAACAAUUUAUUCAGUGGGUUAUUUUCUGCAGGCAAUAACCAGCUAGUGACAUAUAUUUCUUGUAUACUACUUGGAACUGGAUCUGCUAUUACUUUUACAUCAGCUGUGGGAUUCUUAAUCAGACUCCAACUUUCUUGUAAAGUGAAAGGGAAUUUUCUGUGGAUGAAAACUGUGAUCCUGUCUUUUUGUUGUGAUUCCCACAUAAAUUUUCAAAUCAUGGUGCUUGCUACCCAGAUGGCAAUAUUGGUGCUGAUAUUUGUGAAGAAAGAAGAGGUAUGUAACGCAAUCAAUGGAAGAAUCGAGGAAGUUAUUUCUGAAUAUAGGAAUGAGAGUCUGAUUGAGCAGGAACCCGUGUGGAACAUUCUGAAUGCUGUUCAACAUAACAUGGAAUGCUGUGGAAGAUACAGUAUCACACAGUGAGAAAGGAAUGAAAACAAAUAAAAUGGUACUCAGAUUCCAUGUUAAUAUACAACAUCCAGUCUGAAGAAAUGGUUUUGUGAUGUCCCAAGGGAAUCAACAUACAAUAUGGGAUGUGAUGACUAUUUAAAUACAUGGUUUGAAAACAAUGUUUUUAUCUUAAUUGCAAUUACUAUCAGCCUGCUGACUACUUUUCAGCAAAAACCCACAAACUAUUGCUUUUCCAACGGGGAUAAAUAUCAAUUAAUUGCUAUUUGGCUUUGGCACGGUGUCUGA